CCAACAAGGGCUUGUGACCCUGGAUCAUUUGUAUUUGCAUCCUCCCUUUGGGGGACUGAUAGAAGGCAGUCAUUUCACUCAGAUUUAAUUUGAUGUGCUUUUCAAAUGGCAGCCAAAAAGAAAGAAGUGAGCCUCCAGACACCCAUCACAAUCCAAGAGCAAUGGGAUGAAAUGCUUGCGACAAAAGGUUUAACAGUGAUCGAUGUGUACCAGCAGUGGUGUGGUCCCUGCAAAGCCGUGGUCAGCCUCCUGCGGAAGAUCAAGAACGAGCUGGGCGAAGACCUGCUGCAUUUUGCCACAGCCGAGGCAGACAGUAUGGAGGCUCUGGAGAAGUACCGGGGGCGUUGUGAGCCCACCUUCCUGUUCUUCGGGGGGGGCCAGCUGGUGGGGGUCCUACGGGGAGCCAAUGCGCCCCUGCUGCAGAGGAGGGUGCUGGAGGAGCUGGCCAAGGAGAAACUGGUGAUGGAGCAAGGAGGGGCGAGGAGGACGGUAGAAGAUGACGGUCUGGUGGAGGAGGAGGAGGAGGAGGAGGAGGAGGAGGAGGAGGAGGAAGAACACGGGGACGGCAUCAAGCUUCUCCAUGAUGAAAGCAUGCUCGUCCCUCCCAGCGAGGGCUUCACCCUGGCCAUCCUCAAACCAGAUGCAUUUGCUACCGGCAAUGCAGAGGAGAUCAUUACGAAGAUCCGAGACGCUGGCUUCCAGAUCCUGGCCCAGGAGGAGCGAGCGCUGGGCGAGCAGGUGGUGCAGGAGCUAUACCGCCCCCAGGAGGCAGAGCCAUACUUCGAGGAGUUGGUGCGGUUCAUGUCCAGUGGCCCCUCCCACAUCCUGGUGCUGUCUCGGGCGGGACCGGGGCCAGCCAACGUGGUCCAGGCCUGGCUGGACUUCAUGGGGCCCACUGACGUAGAGGAAGCCAAAAGGGACAAACCACACAGCUUGCGGGCGUGGUACGGCACGCGGACGCCGCUCAACGCUGUGCACGGCAGCACGGACCGCCUCCAGGCCGGCAGGGAGCUGGCCCUCCUCCUCCCCCACUUCAGCCUGGCCGGGGCGGGGCAGGAAGGGCGCGGGGAGCGGACGCUGGCACUGCUCCGCCCCGCCGCCGCCAGGGACCGCAGAGAAGAGCUCCUGUCCCGGGUCGGUGCUGCAGGCUUCAGGGUGGCCCUGCGGAGGGAGCUGACCAUGACAGAGGACCAGGUGAGACUGUUCUACCGUCACCAUGCCGACGAGGAGCCCUACCCCGCCCUGCAGAUCAGCAUGACCAGCGGGCCGGCCCUUGCCCUGGUCCUGGUCCGAGACCACGCCAUCCAGACCUGGAGGGCCCUCCUGGGACCGGCGGACCUCACCCAGGCCAGGAAGGAGGACCCAAACUGCCUCAGAGCGCUGUUCGCUGUGGAGACGGAGCCGCUGAACCAGCUGCACGGCAGUGCCAGCGCAGACGAGGCCCAAAGGGAGAUCGACCUGCUGUUCCCCGUCCAGCGCACCCUGGCCCUCAUCACGCCGGGCGCCCUGCAGCAGCACAGAGAGGAGAUCCUGGAGGAUGUCAGGGCCGCAGGGUUCUCUGUGGUCCGGGAGAAGGAGGCGGUCCUGAGCAGGGAGGAGGCAGAGGACUGGUACAAGGAGCAGCGGGGCCAGCCGGCCUUCACCCCGCUCCUGGAGGUCCUGUGUGGGGGCCCCUGUCUGCUGCUGGUGCUCACCAAGGAGAAUGCCGUGGAGGAGUGGAUGGCCCUGAUGGGCCCUUUGGACCCGGUGGAGGCCAGGGAGUCGGCCCCCGGCUCCCUGAGGGCCCGCUUCUCCUCUGACCUCAUCCACACCGCCGUGCAUGGCUCCUCCAGCGAGCAGCACGCCGAAGAGCACAUCCUCCGCCUGUUGGGAGACCUCUCCUCAGACCCGGGGCUCUCUGGACCUGCUGACCCCCCAGAAGAAGCAGAGGAGCCGGUAACAGAGGCAGAGGGGAGUGUCUCGGGGUCAGGUGUUGAGGUCCCCCCCUCAGGGGCCCCUGAUCAGCAGUGUGCCGAGGGCCACCCUUCAGGGACCCCUGAUCAGCAGUGUGCCAAGGGCCCCCCUUCAGGGGCCCCUGAUCAGCAGGGGGCCGAGGGCCCCCCCUCAGGGGCCCCUGAUCAGCAGUGUGCCGAGGGCUACCCUUCAGGGGCCCCAGAUCAGCAUGGGGCUAAGGGGGGGCAUGUCCCGGGGUCUGGCCCCCCCCCAGGGCCCCCUAACCAGCAGGGGGCUGAGGGCCCUGCCCAGCAGGAGACAGGUGAUGAGCCAGGGGUCCUUGAAGCCCAGCAGCAGAACCAGGAGCAGUGUUUUAACAGCUGAGGCAGGUGGCUCAGGAAGUAGAGCGGGUUAGCUGGUAACCAGAAGGUUGCUAGUUUGAUCCCCGGCUCCUCCUCACUGAGUGCCGAGGUGUCCCUGAGCGGGACACCUCACCCUGAUUACGAGUUGGCUGUCCUGUCGCCCUGUGUGAGGCAAUAUUGUAAAGCGCUUUGAGUGGCCACUGGUUAGAAAAGCGCUAUAGAAAUGCUGUUCAUUCACCAUUAACACUAGAACAGCCGUCGAAGGGGUCAAAUGACCCCUGUGAGUUUAAAAAAUAUAUAUCUUUGCACUCGAUAACGUUCCAAAUCCCUACUUUCUUGACUUUUCCUAAAUAUGUCUGUUGUACCACCCUGUGUUCAUAAAAAAAAAUUCAGACCGGGAAAGGUAUUAUAAAGCAUUUUUUUAUGUGUUCCCAUGUAAUUGUUUUUUUCCAAGGAUGCAGUGCUCUUUCUUUGACAGCAGAGGUCGCAAGGGGACAUUCUGAUGUGAAUAAGAUUGAUAUCUAUAGGUAGAUAUUAGGCAGGCAGACAGACAGACAGGCAGACAGGCAGGCAGACAGACAGACAGACAGGUGCAUAUUUACCGCGACCACUGGACUGGAGUGAGGGUUCUUCUAGUAGGCUGUUUAGAACGGGGCUUCAACAAAAAUAAGUGCGGGGGGAAGGCGACGUGUCGACACAAAUUAUUCAUGGCGACGAUUUUUUUAGACUAGUUGUCCCAGCUCUAUGCAUUACCGUAAUGCAUUACUUUUGUAAUGCGUUACUGCCCAACACUGCAAAUAACCAAGUGACUUGGGUUUUAAAUGAGUGUAUUAGAGUAUAGAGUACAUUGACAUUCAGUAAGUCAGUAAAAAAAGAAAACAAAAAAAUACUGCUGACUUUGAAUGAACUAGGAACUGGAUGAAAAAUAAAUGUCUUUCGGGACAGCAGUCUCAAGACAUAUUUAUUACAUAAAAAGUAAAUUAAGCCUAAUUUCUCUGAUAUAAAGGAAAUUACAAAAAUAAGCCGACGGCAAGAAUUGGAUGACGUACCCAGGACACGAACUCUAGUAACCCGUAUCGCAGGGCAGACGCUAAACCACUCAGCCAACUGCUGGUUCAUAAAGUUGAUGGAAUGGAGUGAUUUUGACAAAAUAUCCACAAUAACAAUAUAGGCAUCUCAAUUAAUUUAAUUACUUUAUUUGCAUCAUUUAAUCUUAAACCCUUAGUGAAAAUAUAGGCUGUUUGUACUUCAUAUAUGUACAUUUGACAAAAUCUUGAGGACUAGGCUUGUGACACACACACACACAUGUGGCGCUCGUGCGGUAAUAGCUCGUUGGCGCCACCUAGUGAUCAUUAUAUGCAAAUGCACAGCCUCCCAUUCAAAUGACUUAGGGGUCACUUGACCCCUCUUGUGGCGCUAGUAGUAAGUAAAAACGGCCCGGCGUUUCUAGUGUUAAUGGAGCAACGUCCCACUCUAAUAAAAUUAACCAUUUUUCAACGCUGUGGUCUUCAGUUCCUCUUCAGGGAACUCCAUCCCCUCCCCCCCCCUCCUGGGGGGUUCCCUGCCUGGCUGGCUUUGGGGUCUGGUUCUGAAGGCAGGGACCCCUGGGCUGACUGGGGGGUCUGGUCCUGUGCUGGCUGGGGUGGGGGUGGGGGUGACCAGAUGGAGUAGAGUAGGGCAGCCAGUCCUCAGCUGCCCAGUUGGACCAGCCCAAGCGAGCCCUGAUGGUGGAGUUUGUGGACUGAGUUUGUCAGUUUAAAAUAGGGGUCCUCAGAAGAACUGAAACCUCUACACAUAAAUGCAUCACACCAAUUACUGAGGUUUGCUUCCAAAACCUGGUUUCCUCUAACUCCAUUAACUGGACUAUUAACUACAGGCUCAGCUGAAUCUGCCCUCCGCUCAGAGCAUCCUCUAUCACUAUGGCAACCAAGAGAGAUGCACUGAAGACUCGUUCGUUAUUUUAAAAAAUAUAAAGUUUAUUGUGUUACUUAUAUACAACAUAUACUAAUCCAACAGACAUGAUACAUGGUACAGUCGACCAGUGUUUCUAUUUCCAUCUGAAUUAUUGUUGGACACGCCGCCUCUUGCUGGGGCUCUGGGCGUCUUCGAGGCUGGGGGGGGGCUCUGAUGCUCUGUCCUCACAGUCCUCCACCGCCUCCAGCAGCAGCUCCUCGUCCCAACCGUCCCCCUCAGUGAAGGACCUCUGAAACAUGUCUGUGAUGGUCCUCUGCUGCCGGUCCUGGACCCACAAACACAAUGGGUGGCCUACACAUGGGACUGAACUGUUACACCCCAGUUAACUACUGAGGGAUAAUGAACAGUAAUGUAGAACUUCCCAGUAAGUGUUACUGUUACUUUAUUAUAUAUUGGAAGUGAUAGAUGUUAUAAUUACGUUCUAGGGUAUUUGAGGAAAUUAGUACCAACAUUUACCACCUUAUUCCAAAUGCAGGCAUAUUUUAUGUUGUAUUUUAUAAAUGUUAUAAUUAUACCAGAUUACAGGUUUGUUUAUUGUCCUUCCUGAUCUCCAUACUGUGUGUCUGUGUAUGCGUGAUUAGUCCCAGUGCACAGGUGGCCACACCUUUAGGACGCAUUUUAUACAGUUGAUGGUCAGGACUAGUACGCCUUGCCGGUGAGUGAUUAUAAACUAGCAUGCUAGUAACUGAAAUCAAGAAUUAAUGUCACGGGAAUGUUUGUAUAAUUUCAUUGUUUAAUUCUGGGUUUUGUGUUUGUGUUUUCGUCGCAGGUUUACAACCUAUCUAUCUGUCUAACUAACAGUUAUUGUCAACUUGAGGGGCUAGCGCACUUGGUAGUCAGGCUACCUAGCGCGUGGGUGCUUAUUGUUUGUGUGAGUGCAAUAAAAGUCCAUAAAGUUA